GCGGCCAGCCGGGCAGGCGGCGCCCGGGCAGCGCUGCGGGAGGGGCAGGAUGCGUUGAGGCGCUUCUUGGACGAGUGGCAGAGCUUCAGGAGCCGCGAGGAAAAUACUGAGGGAAUCUCACUGGAUGAGCUCACUACUCUGGCCUUUGUUCGAUGUUUGGCGGCUAUCCCUGAGGCGCUGUUGCCCAUCGAGUGGGAGCUGCAGCUGCGUGUCCGGCAGCUGGCUGAGGCGCUGCAGGGCCGCUUGAGGAAGGCCUGGUGCAACGUCGACGAGGACGCGGCGGUCCUACGCUGGACGGAGGCUUCCGAAGAGCCUGGCGCAGCCGCGCCCAGCAAAGCUGAGGGUGGCGCCACAACUCACGUGCACGGCCGCAAUCCCAUCUCCGGGAUUGUCCAUUUCUUGCAAGACUUCCUGAAAGAAUGGCCUUCUCCCAAAGAUGAGGAUGCUGCAUCAUCCCAGCCUCUGUCCACCACGCAAAAGCGAGGGAACCUGAUCUUCGCGGCUUGGCUCCUGGGCAGCACGGCGCUCUACGCUGCGGCCACCUUGGCGCGACCGAGGACGGAGUGAGGCGCUUUGCCCAUCGCGAAUGGUCAAAA